AUGAAAGCCUUCAACAAUAUCCUCAUCCUUCUCUUUGCCCUCCUCAAUGUCUGCCUCGCAGCCCAUCCCGCAGACCGCUUCCCUGACCAAAGCCAAGUCGACAAAGAUAACUACGAAGCCAUGACUCUAGCUGCUGCCGAAAAGGGCGUGCAGCUUCAAAACGGCAAACGAUACGCCUUCCGCGAAAAAUGGGCCCCUGUCUACGGGGAGUACAAGUGUCUGCCUGACUACUCGCAUGUCCGCCUCAUCGUAGGCCAGUUCUUCAAUAGUGCCACACGGUCUGGACGUCAGGCCUUCGACGCCAAGGCCUACGAGAUGAUCAGCGACGAGGCCGAAACUAAGCUUGGCCAGACUCCAAUCGGCGGAAAAGUGGAGUCCCAAGUCGACAAUCUGUGGUGGGCGAACCAUUAUUUCAAUGAGAAGAAGCAGCAAUGGGUUAAAGUUAGCAAGCCGAGCAAAUAUGAGUAUUUGGGAGAGACCACGGCGACGGAUCAGUAUAUCACGAACCAAGGCCUGGCAUAUGCCCGCAAUUGGCCCACAUACAACCUUGCUACAAACAACUGCAUGGUUUACACCAAGGAGGUGUGGAAGGACAUCCACUAA